AUGAAGUGGCUGGGAAAAAAGGCAACACCCUAUGUGUUUUUGACAGCUGGUCUCAUCCUUGUGCUUCUAUCCAUUCAAACAUACUUUACCAUAUCCCAAAAUAAGGAUCAAGCGCCCAGACACAACAUUGACCCAAGAACCUCGGUUUUACAGAACGAUAAACCUGUAAAGGCUUGUUUUGUCGUUCUGGUUCGUAAUAGUGAGCUGGAUGGCAUUGCUUCCACCAUGUUGCAGCUGGAAAAGACAUUUAAUUCCAAAUUCAACUAUCCAUACGUCUUUCUGAACGAUGAUGACUUUACGGAAGAGUUCAAGCAAUCAACGUCCGUCUUGACAAAGGCACAGACAAAAUACGGAAAAGUCGACAGCCAAAUGUGGGGCUAUCCAUCCCAUAUCAAUCAGACCUAUGCUGCUGAAUGUAGAAACGAAAUGGCAACCAAGGGGAUUCCCUAUGCAGACAGUGAAUCAUAUAGAAACAUGUGCAGAUUCCAGAGUGGCUUCUUUUUCAGACAUCCCAUGUUGGAUGAGUAUGAUUACUAUUGGCGAAUUGAGCCCUAUGUUGACUACACAUGUGAUAUUGAUUAUGAUGUAUUCAAGUUUAUGCGAAACAACAAUAAAAAAUAUGGUUUUACAAUCGCCUUUAGAGAAUUUCUUGAAACCGUGCCUACAUUAUGGCAAACUGUGAUGGAUUUCAAGCGGGAUUAUCCUGACGUCGCCUCUCGCUGGCCAUCCAAGAAGAAUUCACUCGAGAAAUUUGUUACCAAUGAUGGCAACAGUUACAACGGCUGUCAUUUUUGGACCAAUUUUGAAAUUGCAUCACUGGAGCUGUGGAGAUCAAACGACUAUCUGAAAUUAUUCAAUUACUUGGAUCAACAAGGUGGCUUCUUUUACGAGCGUUGGGGAGAUGCUCCUGUGCAUUCGAUAGCUGCGUCGUUGAUGCUAAAUCAGGAAGAUUUCCACUUUUUUAACGAUAUUGGCUAUAGACAUACUGCAUAUACGCAUUGUCCUACAGAGCCCGAGUUCCGUGACAAGUGUUCCUGUGAUCCAAGCAUCAAUAUGGAUUUAACUGAUCCAAUGUCAUGUUACCCUGUAUAUAAAGCAGCAUUCAAUUAG